GGCGCACAUAAUACUCCAUACUCCAUACUUCAUACUCCACUAUUAGAGAAGCAGCCUUGGCUGAUUGCACAGACCUCGUUUUUCUACAUUUACAAUCAUGGCCCGUACAAGACUAGGUCAUAAAGCGGAUACAACCGCCUCAUCCAACACACGUAGCUUGCGUUCCCACACCAAAGAGGCACCAAAAGCAGCAACAGCAGCAAUAGAAGCAGCAGCAGCCUCUCGCAUCACCAGAGUUACCAAGAAGCGCCGAACACCUGCCGACCCAAGUACAAACAAGCGCAAGCCCAGUCCCCAGCCAAGGACGGACAAGCGCAAGUCCAAUCCCAAACCAAAGCCAUGCAAACCACCUCCUGACCACUUCACCUGUCGUAUCUGCAUUGAGGUAAAGCCCGCCGAUGAUUUCAUUCAACGAAAACAGCCCACGCGCGGGCAACAGAGGCGUCUCGAUGCUCCUCGCCACUGCCUCGCUCAUCUAGCUCGUGACCCUACCAAAAAGAACAUGGACCCCGUAUGCAAAUCAUGCGUCGGCAACACCAUGUCAGCAAAACUCGACACGUUGGGCGCUCGCCAGGUAAGCAUAGGGUGCCUCGAACCGGGCUGCACCGAGCCAUGGAACCACAUGUUCAUCAUGCGCUACAUGCCGCCCGGCGCCCCGCUCGAAAAAUACAAUGUGGAAACGUUCCAAGUGUGGAAAGAAAGCGCCGAGGCAAAACUCGUGCCAUGCCCAUCACCAGACUGCAACGAUAUCGGCCAAGCAGAUAACUAUGCACCGGGAUAUCCACAAGUCGCUUGCAACACUUGCUCCUCCCGAUCCUGCGCACAAUGUCUAGUCCCCUGGCACACAGACCUCACAUGCGCCGAGUACACGGCCAGACACGUCGACGAGCAAAUGAGCGACCCCGAGAAAACCACGCUCGAGUUGAUGCAAUCCAGAGACGCAAAAAGGUGUCCCAACUGCCAUAUGGUCAUAGAGAAAGACGGUGGCUGUGAUGGCGUUUUAUGCGUAGGCUGCCGCAAGUUUUUCCAUUGGGCUAGUGCUGCUUCGGCCGUGGCGGGCGCAAAGAAACCCGAAAUGCCUUAUAUCCGCGAUAUACGUUACUGGGAGGAUCUCAGUGGUGGCACUUGCGAGGCUGAUGAAAGCAUCUAAGACGUAGCGUAGCCUCGUUGUAUAACAAUUGCAUGCGGUCAACAAAGC